GGGAACCCUGGAAGGGCGGGGUGGGUUGGGGCGGUAGUUUAAUUACGUGCCCAGGAAUUGCGACGGUUCGGACUCUGGCUUUUGGGCGUAUUUAAAAAAGGAAAAAGUGCCGCUGCCGUGGAGUGGGGCUGGUGGACGGUGAGGUGAAUGUGCCGAUUUGAAACCCAAGGACAGUAAACGUUCCGUCUCCCCCAGCGAAGCUCUCCCGCGGGCCCGGCGGUCGCCUCCGGAGCCCGCAGAGAACAUGGCGGCGCCCAGAGCCCGGGGCUGCGGCCUGUCGGGCCUGCUCCCGGCGCAGACCUCGCUGGAGUACGCCCUGCUCGACGCCGUCACCCAGCAGGAGAAGGACAGCUUGGUUUACCAGUAUGUGCAGAAGGUAGACAGCUGGGAACAGGACUUGUCUGUGCCCGACUUUCCGGAAGGAUUAGAAUGGCUGAACACGGAAGAGCCUAUGUCUGUCUAUAAGGAUCUAUGUGGAAAAGUGGUCGUCCUUGAUUUCUUCACCUACUGCUGCAUAAACUGUCUUCACCUAUUGCCUGAUCUCCAUGCAUUAGAACACACAUACUCUGAUAAAGAUGGUCUUCUGGUCGUUGGUGUUCACUCGGCUAAGUUUCCAAAUGAAAAAGUGCUGGAUAACAUUAAGAGUGCUGUUCUUCGGUACAAUAUCACCCACCCUGUGGUUAAUGAUGCAGAUGCCAGCCUGUGGCAAGAACUGGAAGUUUCCUGCUGGCCAACUCUGGUCAUACUUGGACCCCGUGGAAACAUGUUGUUUUCUUUGAUUGGCGAAGGACACAAAGAUAAAUUAUUUUUAUACACUUCAAUAGCUUUAAAGUAUUACAAAGACAGAGGACAAAUCAGAGAUAAUAAAAUAGGGAUAAAACUGUAUAAAGAUUCUUUGCCACCUUCACCAUUGCUAUUUCCUGGCAAAGUAACAAUAGACCAUGUUACUAGUAGAUUGGUAAUAGCAGACACUGGACAUCAUAGAAUUUUGGUCGUUUGGAAAAAUGGACAAAUCCAAUACAGCAUUGGAGGUUAUGUGAUUGACUUAGAAGCUGAGAAGGUGAGCACUGUAGCUGGCAUUGGAAUUCAAGGUACAGAUAAGGAAGGUGGAGCAAAAGGAGAACAACAACCCAUUAGUUCCCCUUGGGAUGUAGUUUUUGGAUCAUCAGGUCCCGAGGUCCAAAGAGAUGACAUUCUGUGGAUUGCCAUGGCAGGCACUCAUCAGAUAUGGGCACUCCUGUUGGACUCUGGCAAACUGCCAAAGAAAAAUGAGUUAAAAAAAGGAACUUGCCUUCGGUUUGCUGGAAGUGGAAAUGAAGAAAAUCGAAACAAUGCAUAUCCUCACAAGGCGGGUUUUGCCCAACCUUCAGGCCUUUCCCUGGCCUCUGAAGAUCCCUGGAGCUGCCUAUUUGUAGCAGAUAGUGAGAGCAGUACGGUGAGAACCGUCUCACUGAAAGAUGGAGCAGUGAAGCACCUCGUAGGAGGAGAAAGAGAUCCCAUGAAUUUAUUUGCUUUUGGUGAUGUUGAUGGAGUAGGAAUCAAUGCAAAGCUUCAGCACCCCCUUGGAGUAACGUGGGACAAGAAAAGGAACUUACUUUACGUGGCAGACUCCUACAAUCACAAGAUUAAAGUUGUGGAUCCAAAAACAAAAAACUGUACAACAUUAGCAGGGACUGGAGACACAAAUGAUGUUAUCAGUUCCAGUUUUACCGAGUCAACUUUUAAUGAACCAGGAGGCUUAUGUAUUGGAGAGAAUGGUCGGUUGUUAUAUGUAGCAGAUACCAAUAAUCAUCAAAUUAAAGUAAUGGAUUUAGAAACAAAAAUGACUUCUGUGCUUCCCAUCAUCACAUCUGAAAAUGCUGUGGUAGAUGGCCCAUUCCCAGCAGAAAAACAGAGGACACUACCCAAACUGCCUAAAUCUGCUCCAAGCAUUGGGCUUUCCCCCAUGACUGCGUGUCCGGGCCAGACUCUUCAGUUCAAACUGAGAUUAGAACUCCCUUCAGGAGCAAAGCUAACUGACGGAGCACCCAGUUGCUGGUUUCUAUCAGCUGAUGGCAAUGAAUGGCUUCUUCAAGGGCAGAUACCAUCUGGAGACAUUGAGAACAUUUCCAAUCAGCCGACAAUUUCACUGCAGAUUCCUGGUGAUUGCUUGUCACUUGAAGCCGUUGUAUCUAUCAGCGUGUUUCUUUAUUACUGUAGCGCAGAUAGCAGUGCUUGCAUGAUGAAGGCAAUUUUGUUCAGUCAGCCUUUGCAGAUAACUGAUACAGAGCAAGGUUGCAUGGCUCCAGUAGAGCUCAGGUAUGUGUUUUAGCAAGCUCGCCAGCAACCCGUCGCCACGGCCCCCACUUCCCAUCCUCACCAUUACUGUAACUUAUGAAAGAAAACUCUAUAUCUGCCUCUCGAUACCAAGACACCCAUUGCACAGUUCUAGCAACUGAUGUUAAAAUAAAGCUAUGCUACUUACUUUUUUAUU